GUGAAUUGACAAAUGUAACUCUACUUGAAAAUUUGAAAGAAAAUUCUGAACAUGGAAUAUCCAGAGCAAUUUCGGAACUCAAAUUUGCAGAAGGAGAAAUUCAAAAUAUUACAGACAAGAUUCUCAGUGAAGAUGCAAGCUUACGAGGAGAAGUAGAAAAGUUUAAGCGAACCGUAUCUAUUGAAAUGAUGGACAAUCUAUUUUAG